UUUAUUUACAUUAGAGUUCGAAAGUUUUUGACUGAGCAUGUUGUCGCUGACGUUAACGUAAUUUAGUUAUUUUUAUAAGAAGAAUUACAAUUCAGCAUAAGAAUGACAGCUUUCGAAGAAAUGGGAGUGCUUCCUGAAAUUGCUCAGGCAGUUGAAGAAAUGGAUUGGAAUUUACCUACUGAUGUUCAAGCAGAGGCAAUUCCAUUAAUAUUGGGUGGAGGGGAUGUAUUAAUGGCAGCUGAAACUGGAAGUGGUAAAACUGGAGCCUUUUGUUUGCCUAUACUGCAGACGGUUUGGGAAACUCUUAGUGAUCAAAUGAGUGGUAAAGGAAAGAAAACUGACAGCAGCAAAGGUGGAGGGCAGCAAUCUGCCAAAUGGCGAAUGAGUUAUUAUGAUCGUGGAAAUGCCUUAGCUGUUAGUCCAGAUGGAAAAAUGUGUCAGUGCCGUGAACCUAAAGAAUGGCAUGGGUGUCGAGCAACGAAGGGUGUUCAAGGUCAUGGGAAAUAUUAUUUUGAAGCAAAAGUAACUGAUGAAGGUCUUUGCCGUGUUGGAUGGUCUACAUUAUCUGCUUCUUUAGAUCUUGGAACUGAUAAACAAGGAUUUGGGUUUGGCGGGACAGGAAAGAAAUCAUUUGCAAAACAAUUUGAUUCUUAUGGAGAAGCCUUUGGAAUGCAUGAUGUUAUUGGAUGUUUCCUAAAUCUUGAUAAUUUCACUAUAAAAUUUUCAAAAAAUGGGACUGUUUUUGAAAAUGCAUUCAAAAUGCCUGAUAAUUUGAGAAAAUCUGCUUUCUUUCCUGCAGUAGUCUUGAAGAAUGCUGAAAUGGAAUUUAACUUUGGCGAAACAAGUUUCAGGUAUCCUCCUGAGGAUGGAUAUGUUGCUGUUUGCUCUGCUUCAAAGGAAUGUCUAGUCAACUCUUCUAUCUCUGGAGAAUCAUCUGGUCCUGUGAAAAAUAUCAAGAAUGCUCCUCAAGCAAUCAUUAUUGAGCCUUCAAGAGAAUUAGCUGAGCAAACUUUAAAAUGCAUUCAAAGCUUCAAAAAGUUCCUUCAUAAUCCAACUGUAAAAGAAUUACUCAUUAUUGGAGGUGUAUCUGCUAAAGAACAAAUUAUGGAGCUUCAAAGUGGCAUUGAUAUUGUUGUGGGUACUCCCGGAAGAUUAGAAGAUUUGAUUUCUACUGGUCAACUAUCACUUGCUCAGGUUCGUUUUUUUGUGUUGGAUGAAGCUGAUGGUUUACUUCAAGCUGGCUAUGGAGAAUUAAUAAAUCGAAUUCACCAACAAAUACCAAAGAUUACACCUGAUGGAAAACGAUUGCAAAUGACAGUUUGUUCAGCUACACUUCAUUCUUUUGAUGUAAAAAAGUUAGCUGAGAGAUUGAUGCAUUUUCCUACUUGGGUAGAUCUAAAGGGUGAGGAUAGUGUGCCUGAAACUGUGCAUCAUGUUGUGUGCACAGUUGAUCCAAGAACAGAUACAUCUUGGAAAAGUUUAAAAAGACCAAUCCAGACUGAUCAAGUACAUGCCAAAGAUAAUACUAGAUAUGGAAGCAAUACUCCUGAAAUGUUGUCAGAAGCUGUGAAAUUGUUGAAAGGAGAGUACGUUGUUACUGCAAUUAAUGAGCAUAAAAUGGAUAAAGGAAUAAUAUUUUGCCGAACCAAAGUUGACUGUGAUAACAUGGAAAAUCAUCUUAAUGCUUUAGGUGGUGGUGCACGUAACAAAAAUAAUAUUUAUUCAUGUGUGUGUUUACAUGGAGAUAGGAAGCCACCUGAAAGAAAAGAAAACUUAGAAAGAUUUAAGCGAGGAGAUGUGAAAUUUCUCAUUUGUACAGAUGUUGCUGCUCGUGGUAUUGAUGUUUCGGGUGUACCUUAUGUGAUUAAUGUUACAUUACCGGAUGAAAAGAAUAACUACGUUCAUCGCAUCGGAAGAGUAGGUAGAGCUGAAAGAAUGGGAUUAGCUAUAUCUCUUGUUUCUGCAGUACCAGAAAAGGUUUGGUAUCACUCUAAUUGCGCAAAUAGAGGUAAAAAUUGCUGGAACACUAGAUUAACUGAUCAAGGUGGAUGUUGCAUAUGGUAUAAUGAACCACAGUAUUUAGCUGAUAUUGAAGAACAUUUGAACUGCACUAUUCAACAAGUUGAUCCUGAUAUUAAAGUUCCCUCUGAUGAAUUUGAUGGAAAAGUUGUUUAUGGACAGAAGAAAGCACAAAUGGGUAGCAAUUAUCAAACACAUACUGCUCAAAUGGCUCCAACUGUUUCUCUCCUUUCUCAGAUGGAAAUGGUUGCACAGGAAUACUUUAUCAAGAGAUACUGUGUGAAGGAUAAAUCAUUUCUAAAAGUGUAAAUAGCUGGAAAGGAUAUUUCUAUGUUUGAAAUUUUGCUUAAAAUGAUACUAUAAAUUUAUGACUUCUGCAUUAGUUUAAAAUUUUAUGAAUAAAAACAGGUCAGCGAAGCAAGGUACAAAUGAUUCUAUUUUGUAUUAUAUAUAAAUUAUUUUUCUUUUGAUAUGAGCUAAAAUGUUAUUUUGUUAUUUAUUCCAAGAAGUAUUUAAGUAAAAAAAAAAAGCCAAAAGAAUUGUUUUUAUUUAUUACGAGUUUUUCUUAUUUUUCAUUUUAGUUUAAUGUAACUAUUUGAAAAA